CAAUUGUACAUCUCUAACAGCAACAACGCAUUUUUCAGUCGCAUCGUUGAAAAUUCUGUCGCAGCGAUAAACGUAAAAUGUCUAGUUUUUCCCCAAAUCAAUUGCGCCAAUGCGCGCGAUUUACGGGAACGGCUUGCACACCCGAAAAGGAACAAAAAUUACGCGAGCAAAUCCAUAGCGAAUUAGCAAAAAUCAAGUACUGCAGCAAUCCCACAUAUUCGUGCAGUUUGAUGCGCCUUGACGGCUAUGAUUUUUGCAUUCGCCACAUUCUGCGCGAUCCACGCGCCAAUUACCGCCAGUGCACACACGUAUUUCCUAACGGACGCAAAUGCGCCAAUGCAGUGCCCAAACUGGAUACCAAAAAGGAGCAAAUACUUACCACGCUUUGCUUCGAGCACAACCGCCAGGCGCAGCUACAAAAGACGCACUCUUCGGUGGGCCGCUUACGUAGCCGCGUCGAGACCAAUGAGACGCUUCUCAAUAAUCUAUCGCAUCACGUGAAUGUAGAGGACAUAAAGCCGGAAUUGCCCAAGCCAGAACCGGACGAUGAUGAAAUUGAUGUAGUUUCGCCGCAUGUGACGCCUUUUGUCAAUCAGGAUCACACGAAUAGCAUACCACAAGUUGUGUCCAGCGUGCGCAAGCGUCGCCGCGUUUUGGAUUAUGCCUCUGAUAGCUCAAGCAAUGACGGAGAUCCACCAUGCUUGAGAAAUACAGCAAAAGAUUUGGAGUUCUAUGAAUCUGAUUAUGAGAGCGUAGACUCUGAGGAGGAUGAUCCUCUGAAACAUGCGGGCGUUUACACACGUGCGGAGGCAGUGCGUCUGUCAGAGAUGAAACUGAUCAAAUUGCAGAACUUGUACCGUGGGCAGAUAACACAUUUGCAGCAUAUCUUAAAGCAGCGUCGUCGUUCCUAUUUACAGGACAUACGCCGCGAGCGCGAGACAUACUGCAGUAUUCAUGACCAGCUCAAGGACACGCCGCACGAGCGCAAGCUGUAUGAGCAAUUGAAGGCGCUGAAUGGCUAUCAUCGUCGACAGGGCAUGGAGGCGCUCCUCUACAAAAAGAUGAAAGAGAAGCGAUCACGCGACACUGUGAUCUCAACCAAAUCCGCCAGUCAGCCGAAGUGCGUAUUCACUGAAGGCGGCGUCAAGUGUGGCGAGCGCACUUUGCCAUGUUGCAAGCAUUGCCGUAAGCAUAUACUCGAGGACAAGCGGCAGGUUUUGUAUCGCGCCUGUGGUGUUGAGCGCAGCGGUGUCGUCUGCCAAGAGCCCGUUGCAAGCAUAUUAGAGGACUCGACAUGUGUGCUGCAUUUGAAUGUGCCGGCGAAACGCCAGUAUAUACAAAAGAAAUGCGAAUCUGAGACCGAGGACGACGAACCCUCUUCCACUGCAGCUAAACAAGAGAUUAAGAAGGAGGACAAGGAGCCGGAGGCAAAUAUGUCUCUGAAUGUAACCACAGCCCAUGACGACCACAAUCCGAAAGAUAAGAAUAAAAACAAAUGAAUGCAGAAAACACUAAAAACGGUCGGGCAUAUAGUCAAAUUUCGCAACAUAGAUUAGUCUCUAGUUUACUAUUGCUAAAUGUUAUAUGUAAUUAGUGUUAAAUCGCCUAAGAGUUUUAUGAAAUAUACCUACGUGUUUGUUAGUUGCAAA